AUGAAUGGUCUAAGCAUCUCGCCCUUCAUUGCCUCCCUUCCCAAGGUUGAGCUACACAUACAUAUUGAAGGGACUCUCACGCCUUCUUUGCGGUGGAAACUUGCCCACCGUAACAAUGUUCCACUGAAAUAUGACACCUAUGAGGCUCUUCUAGCUUCUUACAAUAUCACAUUCAACCACAGACCCGAAUUGAAUGGAAGACAGCCCGGAGUGCCUACAUUCCUCGAGGCAUACUUCGCUGGAUGCGAGGUUCUGCACAAGCAAGAUGACUUCUACGAGAUGGCUAUGGAGUACCUUGCGCGAUGCAAGGAGAUGAAUGUUCGUUAUUGCGAGCCGUUCUUUGACAUCCAAGCUCACACGCGCCGGGGCGUACCGGCAGAAGCUGUGCUCAAUGGGUACCUCCGCGCACAGAAGGACGGCGCCGAGAAGUACGGCGUGCGCUCCAGUUGGAUCUUUUGCUUCAUCCGAGAUGAGCCUCUAGCAGACGGACUGGCAGCAUACGACUUUGCUCGACCGUGGGCGACGGGUGGCAAGGGGUUAUUCCACGCUGUUGGGCUUGCGGCCAAUGCCUUUGAGCGCCCACCGAUGCUGUUUGAAGAAGCGUUCCUGACAGCCAAAGCAGACGGACUUCAUGUCACGAUGCACUGCGAUUUCGGGCAGAAAGAUACGCAUGCCCACGUCCACGAGGCAAUUUUCGAGGUGCUCGAUGGUGCCGGCACAGAGCGCAUCGACCAUGGACUGGACGCUGAAGAUGACCCAAAGUUGCUUCAAGGCCUCAAAGAUCGCGGUAUUGGCUUGACGCUGUGCCCGCACGCAUACCAUAGGCGGACAGCAACAGAUGUCUUAUUUCCUAAGAUCCAAAGACUAUUGGAUGCUGGGGUCAGGUUUUGCAUCAAUAGUGAUGAUCCAGUAUACAUGCACGAUGUAUGGAUUGAUGGUAACAUGGAGAAGGUCUAUCACUAUUGUGGUUUCAGCAAGGAGACAAUGGUUCAAUUGGCUCGAAACAGCGUUGAGAUGAGCUGGGCUAGCUGGGAAGUGAAGAAGGAGAUCUUGAAUGAGCUGGACAACAUCGACAUCACGGAAAGCGGCAUGUGA